GGUGGAUGCUCCAGGCUGCACCUCUUGAGUGGGCGCUGGCUCCUCUCCGGGCAACCUUGCCAAUGUGCUGUGGCUGUCACGUCUUGUGAGUCCCCAGAGCCCUUUGCCUGCAAGGUGCCAAGAAGAUGAAAGAGGAAAGCAUGUGCCCGGACUCCCCAGAAGGCAGCCUGGUCACCAGUGAAGAGGAAGGUGAGCGGCUGCACAAAAAAUGCCUCCGCAAGCGAGGCCAGGGGGGCAAGCCAGCAGAGGACUGUGGCGUCCCCUCGCCGCAGGGCAAGCGGAGCAAGCGCAGCCCUGUCCUGCAGUCCUUUGAGGAUGUGCACACGCAGCGUGUGAUCGCCAACGUGCGGGAACGCCAGCGGACCCAGUCGCUCAACGAUGCCUUUGCGGAGCUGCGGAAGAUCAUCCCGACGCUGCCCUCUGACAAGCUGAGCAAGAUCCAAACCCUCAAGCUGGCCGCCCGCUACAUAGACUUCUUGUACCAGGUUCUGCAGAGCGAUGAGCUGGACCACAAGAUCACCAGCUGCAACUACCUGGCCCAUGAGAGGCUCAGCUAUGCCUUCUCCGUCUGGAGGAUGGAAGGGGCUUGGUCCAUGUCUGCAUCCCACUGAGCCGGGGGUCUUACAUCUCCGCCUCAAUGGAAGCGCCUGGGCACCCAACCUCAUCACCCCGCUAUCCUCCAACACCCAGCACCCACCAGCAGCCUCCUCAGUGAGCAGGAGAGCGCAAACCCAAUCCCACCCCACCAGCCUCGUCAUCCCAGGCUGCUCCAACCCCUCCAAACCCCCAGAGCUGGGGCAGAAGGACCCAAACCAGCACCCAGGUGGUUUUGCUUGGAAUGAGCUUGAUUGGAUGCUGUGUGGGAAACUCUUUAGGGUGUAAUUUAUUUUUGACUCGCAGGUAAGAGAAAGUCAAGUUAUUCACGGUGGUACCAGCCGCCAGCUUCCCUAUCCUGCAGGGAAGGAGAUGUCCUCUGCUCAGCGGGCUCGGUCCUCUCUGCAUCCUCUCCCCACCCUCUGCCAGGACGUUGCAGCCUUCUGCCAGGAUCAGGCAGGACUCCUCUGGGGAUGACGGGAAGGUUUUGAGCUCUCCCUCGCUGCUCUGGUCCACGUUGCUUCCUAGAGUCCUCUAAAGAUGUGAAAACACAGCAUCCAAAGGUUCAGCCAAGGACGGAGCACAAAGCCCCUCUGCUGUCCUGCUCUGGAGGGCUGCGUCACAGGGACACCCUGGGUCGUGCUACUGCCUGGCACGCAGAGCAGUUUUAGGGGGGUCUGUUAAACCCCUCAAGGAACCCCGAUGCUUGCAAUGCCCUCCGCUCACUUGGACUUCAUGCAUGUGGCUCGGUCACGCGGUUGCAACAACAAAUUUCUUGGAGAUUACCAGCAAACAGGUUCCACGCAGCCCUUCCACCGUGGGAGCAGCACUGGUCCAGGGGGACUCAGCCCUUUUGUGGGGAUAUGGAGAUGCUGGGGGGGGGGGCCAUGGAGGGGAAUUGGGACCCCCAGAUGAUGGUUGAUGGAGGGGCACCAUGGAUUCCAGAUAAUCCAAAUAAAGUCUGGGGUGACGGAGGGACAUCAGAGUUUCCAGCUCGUUCAAAUAAUGUCCGGGGCUGCUGGGGGGGCACCAUGGUUUCCAGAUGAUCCAAAUAAAGUCCAGGGGGAAUUUUCCAGGGUUCAAUCCUUUCAUUUCCUAAGGAAAUGGUGCUGUCGUAAGCCACAUGCCCACCCCUGCACCCUCUCUCAGCCCUGGGACUUGGCCAGUUUGAUGUAAAUUGGGCAAAAGAGAAGCAGGAAUUUUUGCUCAUUAGAGCAGAGAAAGGGGUCAAAAAAAGUCCCUGUAAGCGAGGCUGCAACCCAACCCGAUCCACGUGGGAAAGCAGCAUCAUCAAUGAUCGAACAGCGGCAUUUCAAUUAGUAAUCAUGCUUUAUUACGCACCCGAGAAUCCAAUGUGAGGAGACAGCAAGGCUCAGCCUACCUUGUUCUAUCUAAUCUUCAAUUUUUAUGUACACCAGGAGUGGAUUCCCUGCUCCGGGGAGAAGGAGCCUCUAAAGAGAUUGGAAUGUGCUUA